AUGACGACCUCUGUCGGCGAAACCUCCCUUCAGACCCUCCUCUCAACCCUUACCACCGUCCUUCACCCGGAAACCUACGUCUUCGUCACCCUUCCUGCGGAAGCCCCACUACCGCCCCUCUCUGAGAUUCAACUACUGUUUAGAGAGUCCGAAGGCGUCACCCUCAUCACCACUCUCGAUACCGCGACAGCCCAUAAGUGGGAUUAUGCGUUCCCCUCAAAGAUGAUUACCCUCAACGUGCACUCGAGCCUCGAGGCUGUGGGGUUCAUGGCUGUUAUUGCGACGAGGUUGGCCACUAAGGGGAUGGGCGUAAACCCUGUGAGCGGGUAUUAUCAUGAUCACUUAUUUGUCCCUGUUGGCAGGGAGGAGGAAGCUGUGGCAGAGUUGAGGGAGCUCGCGUUAGAGUCUGGAAAGGAGAUCUAG